AUGGCGCUCCGCAGCGAAAAUCAAAGCAGACAGCAAGCUGCGACCGGACUUCAGGCCCAAUGGCACCAGUUCAAGCGCAACAUCGGGUGGCAGACGGGCACCGCCUGCCAGCCACCUGUUUCUCUGGCCUCCACAAGCAGCGAGCUGAGCACAGCUGUGACCAGUCCAUUCGUCCUAUUCGACAAGCCGUCUGCCGACAGCCGCAGUGAGACGUCCAGAUCGUCCACACCGGUUACCGACAUGUCCAGCAUGUGCCAUUCCACUGGAAGCAGUUUCGCCACGUCUGUGCAACCGGAUGGCGAAUGUGGAUACCCCAAGGACGAGGAGAACGAUUCUUGUGCGAGCAGAUCAGAUAAAGACUCGGAUUCGGGCCACGGAGAAAUGAGAUUCGACGAAGUGGAUAUCAUGGCAACAGCAAAGGAGGCGCUGAACACGCGGUCUUUGAGAGAGGGCCAACUGCGAUACUCCAUGUCGGCGCUGUCAGCGCAGUCCGGGGUCUCCGACUCGGGCGAGAGUGACUACGCUCGUCUUGCUUACGAGGACGACGAGAAUCCUGGUGCUUACGAGGACGAUGACGAUUGGAGCGGCACCGACAGUCUUGAUGCUGCUGUCAUUGCAGCAGUGGACGGAGAUCUGAGCCUUGCCGCUUUUCUCAUCCCACUCUUGCACAAGGAUUUGCGUAACGCGGUGAGAAACAAGGUGGAAUCCUGGCAGAACACAUCGACGACCCGACCUCCCAGCUCUGCGACAGGAUCAACGGUGACGCGGGGAGGCGCAUCCGGAGCAGCAUCUGGAGCAACUUCGGGCAGCUCCAUCGUGGCAAGCGGAAGUAGUGGGGCACAGGACCAGGUAUCUAACCAGUCCCGAAAGCGACGGCGCCGGCCGUCUGACUCGGAAGACGACCGGGAGGAGGGAGAGGACGAGCACGGGGGCAAUGGCGGGAACGGUAGCUCAAGACCAGAAUUGAUCGACGAGCCGUUGUCACCACUUCUGGCCUGUCCGUUCCACAAGCUCAAUCCGUCCAGAUAUGGAAUCCAGCAUAACGUCACGUCUGGUUCACGAAAGGAUGGAUACCGGGCCUGUGCCGGCCCGGGAUUCAAAAGCAUCCAACGGUUGAAGGAGCAUCUAAAACGGAAGCACACGCCUGUCCAGUGCGAGCGGUGCUACCUAGUGUUCAGCGGAUCGGACAAAGCGAGGUGCAUCAACGAGCUGACUGAACACCUGAGGCUGGAGGUGCCAUGUCAGAAAGGGGAGUCUGUGUUGAAAGAGGGGAUCAGCGAGGCCCAAUGGGCGGCGCUGGACAAGCAGAACAGGAAGAAGAACCAAGAAAAACACAAGCUGGAGAAGUGGUUUGAGAUCUGGCGCGUUCUUUUCCCUGAAGUUCCGGAGCCAGAGACGCCUUGGUACAACGAGGUGACACAAAACCGGUUUCCGUCGCCGUCGCGGGAGAACGAGGCGUUUGCCGACCUGUUUCUGCACAUCCUGAACCAUAAGGUGCAGCAGGGCGACAUCAGCUUCCCGGGCUGCAACACGGAUGACGUGCAGCAGCGGCUGCGGAAUCUUGUGCAGCAGACAUUCCGGACAUAUGUCAACCUGCAUGGGCCGAUGUCGCGGACAACAGAGACGACGUCAAGCCAAACAGGGACCAACAACGUGCACUCGUCACUGGUUGGCGGAUCGUCAACGCAACAGUCUCGUCCGACCAACAGCAUGUCGUUGCCGGCGACAGCAACGUCCCACACAACGGGCACCGUCAUCAGCCAGAUGCACGCGCAGACAACAGGGCAGUAUGCGAUGAACAUGCCGGCGGUGACGACGGUCGGCGUUCCGGGAAUGUCGUAUGCUGUUCCGAUGCCCCAGAGGCCGAACAACUACGCCCAGUACCACCACACGCCGAUGAGCGUGACGUCGAUGCCGGGACAGGUGGCAAGCACUGCGGGCACGGCAAUGCAGGCCAGCUUCACGGGCAACGGACAGGAGGAAGUGUCCAUGUACUACUCGACACCGAUGAUGCACUGGCAAUCUGCCGGCAUGCAAUAUGGAGCAGCGCCGAUGUCAGCCGUGCAGUACCCGGGCGAUUUCUACGGCGCCAAUGGGUACAUUCCAGGUCCAGGGGCUGACUACAGCAACUGCCGUUGA